AUGGCAGACAUAGCGCAAGCGCAAGAGCAGAUUACUCAAGGCGCUUUGGAUGCCAUCUUCAACGAUCCAGAGCGUCUGGAGAUGAACUACCCUGUGCCAGUUUGCCAAUGCGUACAGAUCAAAACUCUCGCAUCGAACCAGGAAAACGCACCAGAAAGAUACCGUCUGGUGCUAAGCGAUGUCUUCAAUUUUGUGCAAUGCAUGCUUGCGACGCAGGCAAACCAUGUUGUGCAUGAUGGAAAACUAAAAAGAGGCUCAAUUGUGCGACUGAAGCAAUUCCAAGCUAACUGUGUAAAAGGAAAAAGAAUAUUAAUAAUACUUGACAUAGAAGUUAUUGAAAGCCUUGGGGAGUUUGAUAAGAUUGGAGAACCAGUCGCACUAACAGUCCGAGAAGAAGGAAAUGUCAAACCUAGCAAUUCGACGAUUACUGGCGCUGGAUUCUACGGAAAAUCCUCUACGAAUAACACAGAACCUUUAAAACAAGAGUCUAGUGCUCCACCGCGAAAAGUUCCUACAAGCUCUUCAUCUCACACCAACAUUUAUCCGAUUGAAGGACUGUCUCCCUAUGCGCAUAAAUGGACAAUAAAGGCACGUGUCACGAAAAAAUCGGAUAUCCGAACAUGGCAAAAACAGAGUAGCGAAGGGAAACUAUUUAGUGUAAACCUCCUCGAUGAUAGCGGAGAGAUUAAGGCAACAGGAUUUAACGAUCAGUGCGAUCAACUCUAUGAAAUUUUCCAAGAAGGAUCCGUCUACUACGUGUCUAGUCCAUGCAAGGUUCAGCUUGCCAAAAAGCAAUACUCUACCCUCUCAAAUGACUACGAGCUCUUGUUCGACAAGGAUACUGCCGUCGAAAAAGCAGAAGAUCAAGAAAGUGCGCCACAAAUACGAUAUAGUUUUAGUACCAUAGCUGAUAUUCAAAACGUUGAAAAGGACUCUAUCAUUGAUGUCAUAGGAGUACUCAAAGACGUCUCUGAAUGUACUCAAAUCAUUGGCAAAACAACCCAAAAAUCUUUUGACAAGAGGGAGUUAUCGAUCGUUGAUGACAGCUGCUACAUGAUUAGAAUCACUAUCUGGGGAAAGACAGCAAUAACUUUCGAUGCCAGUCCAGAGUCUGUUGUAGCUCUCAAGGGGUGUAAAGUCGGAGAUUACGGGGGUCGAAGUUUAAGUUUACUAGCCGCUGGGUCACUCUGCGUUGAUCCUGACAUUGCGGAAGCUCAUAAGCUCAAAGGCUGGUACGACUCACAAGGUCGCCGCGAGAACUUUGCGACGCACACGAGCUUGGUUGCUGCUGGAAGUGAAGGAGGGCGUCGAAGUGAUCUUAAAACUAUUUCCCAGAUUCGAGACGAGAAUCUUGGAAUGUCAGAGAGCGGUGAUUACUUCUCUUUGAAAGCUACUAUUAUCUAUAUUAAACAAGAUAAUCCAUCGUAUCCAGCCUGUCGGACAGAAGGCUGCAACAAGAAGGUCAAUGAUAUGGGAGAUGGGAGCUGGCGCUGUGAGAAAUGUGAUGUCAGUCAUCCUUGCCCUGAGUAUCGCUAUAUUUUGUCGCUAAAUGUUACUGAUCACACGGGCCUGCUUUGGUUGAACUGCUUUGACGAUGUAGGCCGAAUUUUAAUGGGCAUGGAUGCGAACAAGUUAAUGGAGCUCAGGGAAAAUGACCCGCCAGCUUCAGAAAAGCUUUUCGAGAUGGCUAACUGUAAAACUUUUACUUUCAAGGUACGAGCUAAAAUGGAUAGCUACCAGGAUCAACAGCGGAUUCGCUACCAAAUUAUUAGCGCCACAGCUAUUAACUACGUACAAGAGGCCAACAAACUAUUUGAGAUGAUAAAAUUGUACAGAAUUGAAUAA